UUUAGGUACCGUGCUUUUCACCAUCUUGGCUCCUCAGUUUCAUCAGCUGACGUUAUUUCAACAAGCCAGGUUUGGAAACUGUCCGCUUGCUGAAAGUUCUUCCUGUGAUGAUUCCCUCGUGAACUAUGAACUAUCAUUUUUUCACGAGUUCAUGUGCUAACAUGGCCGCCUCGUGCUUGCUGAAGAGAUGGUGCUCCACAGCAGCUAAUGUUACAGUGACAACCAAGGGCACGAGGUGGCAGAGACUAAUAAAUAGUCGUGCAGGUGCGUGGUGCCGUGGUCUUUUAAGCGAUUAUAAGGAGGCUUGCCGUGAGGUGGUGUUGGGGGCACGGGAGCGACCCCUCAAAGCAUCUGUUUACAUAGGUCUGCUUGGAGGAUUCUAUGCAUGUUAUUGUACCAACCCCGAUGAUGCUUCUUUCGAGACCAGCCUUCUAGAAACAUCCAACCGUCUGGCUCUCCUGUCACCAUGGAUACGCAAUGGCACCUCAGAUGGGCACGUCCAGAGCCUGAUGAAGCUGCGAAACGAGGGCAGACUGCGCUACGCCAGUGUGGGCUUUGCCUCUUUGACUUAUUACGCAGACAACGACCCUGUCUCCAGUCUGUACGAAGCACAGUGUUCUGUAAUGUCUGUGCCAUGGGCGGAGUUGCCCAAACGGGUACUGGAUGUGGGCUUUGUGGGACGUUGGUGGGUGCUUCAUCAUAAAAUGAAGGAUUAUGAUAUUAACGAGGAGGAGUUUAGACAUCUGCCUCCUGCUCUGGUGGCUACAGUUCCACCAUCACCCCAGAUAACUGAGAAAAAUGAAAAACUGCAUCAAGAUUCAUUGAAGGCGGUGGUGAUGGAGGAUGAGAGCGGCGUGUCAGAUAGUGUACAGAAGCAGGUGGACACGUCUGUUGAAAGAAAGCAGAUGAACAAUACCACAUAGAGGACACUGAAAAUGUGAACUGUAGUACUACACCCCUCAUAUGAAUCCAAAAAUCGUGCUUGCAAGAAUCAGCUGUGUUGACGAAAAAAUUUAAAUUAAAUGUCAGGAAAGCACCGUGUAGAAUGUCUUAUGUCUUACUUUUUCUGCUUAAUGUAUGAAAUAAGUGUUGAAUAUUAUUGAGAACUAAACAAUUGCAGUGAAAUUUAAAGGCAUAGUGGUAAAUAGCAGAACACUGUUUAAAACUGACAUUACUUGUUCUCAAUUUUGUGUCUUUUAUGUUACAUUUUUAAAUAAGAAUUUUCACCUGUGAGAAGGAAUCGCAAGUAUUCAUUUUUCUGUUAGUGUGAGUCAAAAUGUGCAAUGUGUGAAUGAAAAGAAAACGUUAAUCAUUA